AUGAUGAGUUACUAUAUGGAUACGACUAUUGGAAGCCCAGCCCCCUAUCCUCUGGCCCGCCCUGCUGUGAUGAGGCAGGGGGAUGUCAACCCUUACGAAGACCCGUGGGCGACCUGUGGGUUCCAGUCCACCUGCUACCAGCAGAGGGCAUUCUACCCACUCUGGGAUGAAGCUGCCAUCCAGGAAGUGCCCACGGGGCUUGAAUAUCACAGCACAGAUAUGGAAUGUGCCGACGUGCCUUUGUUAACUCCAAGCAGCAAAGAAAUGAUGUCGCAGGCGCUGAAGGCCACCUUCAGCGGUUUCACGAAAGAGCAGCAGCGGCUGGGAAUCCCCAAAGACCCUCAGCAAUGGACGGAAACCCAUGUCCGGGACUGGGUGAUGUGGGCGGUGAAUGAGUUCAGCCUGAAGGGCGUGGACUUCCAGAAGUUUUGUAUGAAUGGAGCUGCCCUCUGUGCUCUGGGCAAGGACUGCUUCCUGGAGCUGGCACCGGAUUUUGUAGGAGACAUCCUCUGGGAACAUCUGGAGAUCCUGCAGAAAGAAGAGAUAAAGCCAUAUCCAGCAAACGGAGUGAACGCAGCCUACCCAGAAUCCCGCUAUACAUCAGACUACUUCAUUAGUUAUGGCAUUGAGCAUGCUCAGUGUGUUCCUCCCUCGGAAUUCUCUGAGCCCAGCUUCAUCACAGAGUCCUACCAGACCCUCCAUCCCAUCAGCUCCGAGGAGCUCCUGUCUCUCAAGUACGAGAACGAGUACCCCUCCUCCGUCAUCCUCCGGGACCCCGUGCAGAUGGAGUCCCUGCCUACCGACUACUUCACAAUCAAGCAGGAGGUCGUAACGCCGGAUAAUAUGUGCAUGGGGCGCACUAGCCGAGGGAAACUCGGGGGCCAGGAUUCCUUUGAGAGCAUCGAGAGCUACGACAGCUGCGACCGCCUGACCCAGUCGUGGAGCAGCCAGUCUUCCUUCCAGAGUCUCCAACGUGUCCCUUCCUAUGACAGCUUCGACUCUGAGGACUACCCAGCGGCCCUGCCCAGCCACAAGCCCAAAGGCACCUUCAAGGACUAUGUUCGAGACCGGGCGGACAUGAACAAGGACAAGCCCGUCAUUCCUGCGGCCGCCUUGGCUGGCUACACAGGUAGUGGACCGAUCCAACUGUGGCAGUUCCUGCUGGAGCUCCUCACAGACAAGUCCUGCCAGUCCUUCAUCAGCUGGACAGGCGACGGCUGGGAGUUCAAGCUAUCUGAUCCGGAUGAGGUUGCAAGGAGGUGGGGCAAGAGGAAAAACAAGCCCAAAAUGAACUAUGAGAAGUUGAGUCGCGGGCUGCGUUACUACUAUGACAAGAACAUCAUCCACAAGACGGCCGGGAAGCGCUAUGUCUACCGUUUUGUGUGUGACCUGCAAAGCUUGCUGGGAUACACGCCCGAAGAGCUACACGCCAUGUUGGAUGUGAAGCCAGAUGCCGAUGAGUGAAGGGGAUGAGCAGGCAAGAGCAGAAGUCCUUGUAGAUGGAUUCAGGGCAUCCAUCUAGGCGUUCAAUUGAACUUCUGUCGUUUGUAUUUUUUUUACUGUCAUGGUUUUCCUUUUAAAAGAGAGAGAGAGAGAGAAAGAAACAAGAAUUUCCACUGGUUGUAAAAGGGGAGGGGGGACACAUCAUGCUUUUGGAUGAAACUGUGACAUAUUUUGGCUGGGAGGAGAAAUGGGAAAAAAAAGAUUUGAAUGUCCUUGGAGAGUUUUAUUGGGGGCUGAUAUUUUAAAAGUCAGUGGGGGGAAGAGCGUAAAAGUUAACCGCCCUGUUACAAUCACAUGAUAAAUAAAGAACUCCCCGCCCUCCCCCCGAGGUGCCAUAAACUGACAAUCCAUAAGCUCAUAAGGCUCCCUUUUGAUUUUAAGAGUGAGGAGUGGCCUUUGGGGGGUGGGGGCAGAGCAUCCUCUUCUGCAGGGAAGUCACAUUGGUGGUCCUAAAUAAUUUUGCAUUUCAAAGAGCAAGCUUGCUUCUUAAGAGGGACCAAUACCUUUUUUUUGGAAUUUGUAAAAAGAAUGUUAUUUUAUUAAAAUUUUUGUGCCAGUAUUUUUCUCUAAAAUAGUCUUAAGCUCUAAGAUGGUCUCGGUAUUGCAAUAUUGUGUUGUCGUUGGUGUUUUUAUUUUUGUUAUGCCAGCUGCGGAUUCUAUCAGCAUUUUUUUGGUGGUGGUGGGGAAAUACAGAGGCUGUGUAGACCCCUCCAGAAACAGAAGCAUUUAACUGUUCAGUAGAAAAUCCAGAUACACCCUAGGAGUGGUGGGUGGGGAGAGAUUUGUGGGUGAAUGACUCUUUUGCCUUCACACUGGGUCUCCCACACCUUACUCUGUUUCUGCUCUCCAAUUCCAAUUGGUGAAUCAGUUUUGUGUCUUUGGGAGGGGGGAGGGGCUCUUUCGAUCAAUAGUUUUAUCUGGACUUUCCUCCACUUUCCCUAUGCCUUUUCAAGAUAUAUUAAAGAAAGGUUUUUCUUCCAGCGUUGAACUUUAGGAUUGUUUCCAAUCCUCUAAUUGGUGGGAGGACCCAGCCCUCCAUGUCUAAUUGGUCGCUGGUUCUUCAGCUUACAGGCCCCAGUUCCUCAAUAUCUCAGGUUGUGCUUAGAAUGGGGUACUUUGUAAACAGAAUAGCUCUUCCCGCGAAGGUCCCCUAACCGUUCUCAGGUCACCAGCGUACAUGUAGGAGUAUCGUGGAGGAAUCUGCCUGCUGGAUCCACUCCUGGUGUGUAGAACCUUUCCACAAAGUCAGCUCAUUAAGCAUCAAGUCAGGGCCAGCAGCCGUGAGCCUAAUUCAUAGACACGCACACCUAUUUGCAGUUUCCAAGUAAUCUCCAUGCCAAACUAUGGCUUAGGUAGGGGGGAAUGUGGGCUCCUGGAAGUGGGAUAGAUACCAUUUUGUUUCUCCUCCAGUCCUGAUGCUCUGCUGUGUUUGCAAAGCCUUGAGCUCCAAACUCAGGCAGUCCCAAAGAAGCAAAUGGGAACAUUUCCUUCCUAAAAGUGGCUUUUUAAGUUCCUUUUUUAUUACAGAAGAAGGCAGUUGAGGUGGUGAAGCGAAAUCUACUGAUUUAUUUGCCUUCCUUGCUCCUUUUUAAUGUUCAUGAUUUAGCUGAUGGAAUGCUGAUGCCAUUGAGCCAUUGUGGGUGUCAGCACCCUCCACACCGCCCCUCCCCAGCUGUGAUUUACAGUGACGACACCUUGGUUUACAGGCCUGGAUGUAUCCUUGGCAAAGGAGCCACACCAACCCCACCUCCCUGAGUAUAACUGCAUGUUUGUAACUACGUGUUUGUUAAAUUCGCACUUAAUAAUUUUUACACCAGCCCUUAAUGGAUCCUAGAUCCACAUCACUGCGGAAAUGUAUUGUGUGAAUUGGCCAGAGUUCCCUUUAGAACAAAACUGGAUAACUUAAAUCUGUGACCUUAAAGCGGCAAAUAGUUGAAUGUGUUUUAAUUUUUGCUUCACGCUGAAUCAUUUCAAUCAUGCAGAAUUAAAAGAGGGGGAACUCCUGGGUCAAUGACGGGCCACCGGAAUUUGAAGCAGAUCAGGACUUGAGAUAAUAACAUCUCAGGUUGGCAGGGCUAUAAGAAAAAAAGAGCAAACACUGUUGUUGCUGAGGUCCCUUUCUCACGAACGUCAGAGGAGGUGGUAAAUCUAUUGGAAGGCAGUCCAGAACAGUUCCCUGCACACACAAAAAGGCAGAGAGAAGGAAGGAGUAUAACUGUAAUUAAUUGAAAAACCAAAUUCAAGGUUGUGUCCAACUAGGUUCUACUCAGAGCACAGACCCAUUGGAAGUAAUGAACCUAAGUUAGUCAUUUUUGUUUUAUGUAUUAAAAUGUAAUUUAUGAAUCGCUUCCCAUGAGAUAUCCUGAAUUGAUAAAGAGUAGAAAGCACAUCAACAACAAAAACAUACCUAACUGCUCUGAGUAAAACAUUGGAAAGAACCACCGAACUAGAGAUGGGAAACAUUUGGUUCUCCAGGCAGAGCUGAACUCCUAUCAUCCCCCAAAAACGUGGCCCAAUGGCCAGGAGUGAUGGGAAGUGUAGUUCAGCAGGCAAAGGUUCCCCCACAGUUGCCCCAAACAUUACACCCCUCUCCUUAGCAUGCCAGUCUUUCACGUGGACUGGCUGGGUUGGAGGAGCACUUGAUACUUCAUUCCUCUGACCACCUGGCUGGGAACAAGGAAUGUAUUUAGCCAUGGCUGAUUGGAGAUCUUGGUUUUGAUUGGUGGGAGAUAAACCUCGGCAUUUCUCAGGACAACAUAGGACAUAGUUUCUGAGUCAAGGAUAUUGAUGGUGGGUGUUCCUGGAAUGGGUGUAAUGAUGACUGAAUCUCCAGUUCAGCUAGAUUUGAUUCCAGUAGAGA